AUGUCCUCUCCACGCUUUCUUGGCCUACACUCACUCCUCCUCACUUCGCGUCGCCUCUAUAAACUCGUGAGACCAUUUGUAUAUCGCCGCGUUUUCGUCCGUGGUGGCGAUGAGAGUUCCCAGCUAUUCUACGACAAGGUUGUCCGAAAUCCCGAAUUGUUAGAUCGGCUUAACCGCGUGAUCGUCGGUUGCACUGGAGUGGAUACUUUUAAGCUGUCGCGAAAGUUGUUCUGGGCCCGAUCCCUGUAUAAACUUACCCUGGUGGAAUUCGAUGACUGGAUCUACCCGCGGGUUAGAUUCGAUAAUGACUACAGCGACGACAACGACAACGACGACGACGAUGAAGACGAAGACGAAGAUGAGAAUGAAGAUUUGAUCGAAACAAGUCCACUCCAAUACCUGGAGUUGAUGAGAUGCAGCGCGGACGGAGCAGCCUUAAGCAACUGCUGA